AUGCCGACCGAAGAGCCAUGGGAGACCACGGACAUUCUCAUCUGCGGCUGCGGCCCAACAGGAGCAAUGCUCUCAGGCUACUUGAGCAGAAUGGGCGUCCGCAAUAUCGUCUUGGAGAAAGAAUUCCAGAUCACCACCGAUCCCAGGGGAAUUGCUCUUGACGAUGAUGGGAUAAGGUACUUGCAGGGGUUGGGUCUUUACCGGCAUGUUUUCGGCGACAUAGGCUCUUGCAUGGAAAAGGUUAACUUUAUUGGAGGAGAGCACAGUGACUUGAGCACAAAACCACUCUUCUACCUUGAUACUGCGUCGACGAAGGGAUAUACUGGGCAUGUUUGGAUGAUCACUCACAAACAGCCUACCCUUGAAAAGCAUCUACGAUCCGUCAUUCAAGGGUCCCAGUUCUCCACAUUGAGAACCGGUUGCACGUUGGGCUCAAUCCGAGAAGACGACAAGUGGGUGUAUGCCUCCUAUCUUGAUCCGAACGGGAACGAACGGUAUGUACGAGCGCGUUUCCUUGUCGGAGCCGACGGCAAGACGGGCUUUGUCCGAAAGCAUUACUUGGAGCCUCGGGGUGUUAAGAUGGAGUGGGCUGAACAAACUCACUAUGAGGAGACCUGGGUUGCGCUUAACUGGGAGAUCCGUCUACCGACGAGAGAAACGCAUCCUGAGUUCGCAUUGUGGAAACAUGGCUACACAUCAGAGGAGGUUUAUGAUCUCUUCUUCCCGAAGGACUUUCGGUUCCUUUGUAACCCUUCCCGAGCUGCCGUGUGCACGCGCUUCGGACAGAACAAGGACAGGCUGUGGCGGUUUGAAUUUGUCGUUCAACCUGGAGAGGAUCCAGAGGAGAUGGCGCAGGAGCAUAGAGUCAGAGAAGUUGUUCUUCCUUAUCUGCGGCACCACGGUAAUCGACAUGGAUUAACCAAAGACGUCGAGUUCCCGGAGGACUGUAUUCGUAUCCUUCGCUCGCGGCCCUUUCGGUUCGCUGCCCGGAAUUGCAACAAAUGGGCCCUCGGACGAGUCAUUUUAUGCGGCGAUGCUGCACAUGUCUUCCCCCCUUUCGCCGGUCAAGGCAUCGCAUCUGGAUUCCGCGAUGCCAUCGGUCUCGCCUGGCGUCUUGCCAUAAUCAUGCGAUCUAAAUCAGGCCAACUUGAUUUUGAAAAACACCUGACGGCAUGGUACACCGAGCGUCAACAGCAAUUCCAAACAUCGCUAAACAAUACCCUACGAAACGGCCAGCUCGUCAGCAGCAAGAACCCGGUGCAAAACUUCAUCCGUGAUUGGGCUCUCUGGGGUAUGCGAUUUAUUCCGAGCCUCGAGUAUCGAUUGCAACUUGGUCCGAGGCUUGAGGGUCCGGUGCAGUAUGCUCAUGUGGCUGGGAUGCCAUUUUUGCCUGGCUUCAACGGUGGAGUGUAUUUUCCGCAGAUAUACUGUAUGGAGCUUGGGACUCCUGAACCAGACGUGCUUUUCACGGAUGAUGUCAUUUUUGCCCAAGGGAAAGAAAAGUUGUUUCAGAUCGUGGUUUUGCUAGGCUCGUCAGCAGAAUUGUCGUCGGCCAUGGCAGACCUCGAGGGUAUACACAGAAUUAGUGGUGGUCAUUUAGGCGCCAAAGAGUCGACGAUACUCCUUCCUGCUUCCACCAAAGAGUCAUCUGAGCACUGUACCGGAGACCCCACCAUCUAUCGAGCCGCCACCGCAGACGAAUUUGCCCAGUCUGAGCUAUGCUCUGGAAGACCGACACCGCGCGAUUACGAUGCCUCUCAGGUGUGGCGGAUGUUCCGGUCGAAGCGGUAUGUGGUUGUGAGGCCGGAUCGCUUUGUCUACGCGGCCUGCGCUACGAGGGCUGAAUUGGAGCAAGCUGCAAGGGGGAUUGUCGAACUGUUUCCCAUGGAAUGA